AUGGAUAUAGAUAUUACAAAAUUAGAGAAUAUACAACUUAAUGGUAUUCCUUUAAAAAACCUUAAAUUAGUAGAAUUACAAAGGGAACUUAGGUCAAGAGGAUUCACACCAAGAGGAAAUAAACUUACACACAUUGUCAAACUAGGCACCUUUCUAGAAAAUGAGAAAGAUUCAACAACCACCAAAAAAACACCCACACUAUCAACAACUCCAACAAUAACAAUAGCGACACCAACAAUAGCGACACCAACACUAACAAUAGCAAUACCAACACCUACAAUAACAACACCUACAAUUACAAUAGCAACACCUACAAUAUCAACUCCUACAAUAUCAACUCCAACAACAAUACCAACACCUACAAUAACAAAAACAGCAAGAAUAAAGACACUUAAAAAGAGUGGUGAUGAUGAUCUGAAGUCACUACAAGCAAAAGUUAAGAAAACAGUUACAAAGACAACAGCGGCAACAAGAAAGAAAGUGGUAUCAAAGAAAUCAAAGGUGCAAACAACAGUAUUAACAGAUAAAGAAUCAAUAACCAAAUUAUAUGAAACCAUAAUUAAAGAUUUUAAUUUUUCAUCAAAUUUAAAAAGGUUUACAACUUCUUUUCCAACAAUCGAUCCUCAUAAUAUUCAUGAAGAAACAACAAAAUAUUUAAUAUUAAAAUUAGUUAAUAAUGAAUUUAGAGAUUUAAAAUCUCAACAAUUAUUAUUAUUACAACAACAACAACAAGAACAAAAACAAGAACAACAAGAACAACAAGAACCACAGGAAAUAAUUAAAUUAAUAGCACCACCAAUGAUUAGAAAAUUUUUAGAAGAUAUGAUUUUAGAUACAUUUGGUUAUGAUAUAUUUAAUUUAAUGAUUCAAAAUUUCUAUAAACUUGAGAAUACAAAUCCUUCAUUUAAAAUUCAUAAUGAACAAGAUAAACUAUUUGAUGAUUUAAUUUCAAAGAAAAAGAGAUAUGAAAAAACCAUAUCUAAAUAUAAAGAAUAUUAUGGUGAUAUUAAAAACCAAGAUAUUUGGCCACCCGAAUUCAUUGAGAAAAUGUAUGGACUAACAAUGGAGGUAACAACCUCACUAAUGGAGAUACCAUCAAUACAAAUACCUGAAGAACCAAUAACAAUUAGAUUUAAACUUUGUUGUAGUAAAUCAACUGAUUUCUUAGAAUUUAAUGUUAAAACUAAUUCAAGAUUAGGUUCAGUAAUGAAAAAUGUAAUUAGUGAAUUUGGUUUAUCUUCAAAAAUUACAACAUCAUCGUCAUCAUCUUCAUAUUCUUCUUCUUCUUCUUCUUUUUCCUCUUCUUCUGAAGGAAAUAAUUACUCAUUCAAAUUUGGUAAUAAAACUGUAUAUAGUACAUCAACACCAUUUGGUUUAUCAUUAAAUAAUAAUGAUUUAAUUAUUAUCUAUUUAAAGAAUAUAUAUCAAGAUGAUAAAUUAUCAAAUACAAUAACUGUAACUCUAAUAGAUAGUGAAACUUUAAAGAAAAUUCAUUUCUCAAUUGCAAGACAUAGUCCUUUGAAAAAGUUAAUCAAUUGUUUUAUUGAAAAGAAAUCAACAGUACAUCCAAAUAAUAUAAAUUUCACUUUUAAAGGUAAACCAAUUUCUCCUCAAAAUACUUGUUGUGAUUUAUCAAUUAAUGAUGGUGAUUUUAUUGAUGCAAUAAUUCAAAAUGAAAUAAUUAAUUUAUAA